AUGGUAAGACAUGCCGUGAACCUUAGAAGGAGACUUGACCCACCAUUACCAGAUGUGUCAUUCGGAAAUCUUAUAGAGUUCACCAAAGCAGUAGUUGGAGCAUCACGAACAAAAACAACAACCCAAGAGACAACUAGUAGUUCCAGUACUAUACUAUAUGAUGACUUGAAUGAAUUUGUGGGUCAACUUAGGGAAUCCAUAAGUAAAAUGACCAAGGGUAAUCAUGAUUUCGAUGCGGAAAACACUGACUAUGAAGGGAAAAAUUUGUGGAUGAGUAGUUGGUGUAAUUAUGGAUUGUAUGAUAUUGAUUUUGGUUGGGGAAAACCAAUUUGGGUAACUGCUGUUGCAACUAUAUUUCCUGACUCGAAGGGUUUCUUUUUAAUGAAUGAUACCCGUUGUGGCGAAGGAGUAGAAGUGUGGGGAAAUUUGGUCGAGGAAGAGAUGUCCAAUUUCCAACUCAACCUGUCGGAGCUCCUUGACAGGAUUUGA